CCUCCCUCCCUCUGUCCUUCCUCAUCACCUCUUCAUCCCACUCCCCCAGUAUAUAUGAGGGCAACGCUUUUGGGACUCAUCUGUCGGACUGAGUCCAGCUACAGGGAACCUUCGGAACCAGACUGAUUUUGACUGCGCCGAGCCCGGGAAUUCACGACAAUGAUGCUGCCUCUGUUGCUCCUCCAGCUGGUCCUGGCUCCAGCCCUUUUGGUGUCCGCUGAGGACUACUGGGAGGGGUGGGGUGCAUACGGACCAUGCAGUCGGACCUGCGGCGGUGGUGUGAUGGUCAGAAGCAGACGCUGUAUCACCCACAGAAACGACGGAGGCUACAACUGUGUUGGACCUGACAAGUCUUACCUGGCCUGUAACACUCAGGAGUGUCCCGCGGGAACUAAGGAUUACCGUGAGGAGCAGUGCGCCCAGUUCGAUGGGGCUGACUUCAAGGGGUCACGUUACAGCUGGGUGCCUUAUUACGGAGCCGAGAACCCCUGCGAGCUGAACUGCGUGCCAAAGGGAGAGAACUUUGUCUACCGCCACAGUGCCACCGUUAAGGACGGAACACCUUGCCAUCCCGGACGCCUUGACAUUUGUGUGGAGGGAGUCUGCAGGCGCAUAGGCUGCGACAACAUACUGGACUCCAACAUGCAGGAGGACCCCUGCCUGCAGUGCGGAGGCCAAGGACAGACCUGCUCACUGGUCAGGAACACCUUCAACACGCAGCGUCUUGCUCCCGGUUACAACCAGAUGUUCACCAUCCCCGCUGGAGCCACCUCCAUCAGCAUUAGAGAGAAACACCCUUCACGCAAUUACCUCGCUGUCAGGAACCUGCAAGGAGAUUACUACCUGAACGGUCACUGGUCCCUGGAGUUCACCAGUGCUGCCCAAAUUGCCGGCACCAAGCUGUACUACCAACGAGGCGUAGAGGGCGACAACCUUCCCGAGUCCAUCAUCGGCCGCGGACCCACCACCGAGCCCCUCGUCGUGGAGCUGAUCAGCCAGGAGCCCAACCAGGGUGUGGAGUACGAGUACUACCUUCCCGUGGGACACCCCACAGAGGGAUACGCCUGGAGCUUCGGAUCUUGGUCCGCCUGCAGCAAAGAGUGCGGAAUUGGCUAUCAGUCCAGAGCCGUCUACUGCUCCAUCGACAACGAGGCCGUGCCCGACCACCUGUGCCCGUACUAUGCCCGACCCGAGAGCAACAGAACCUGCAACCCUCAGGCCUGCCCUGUCACCUACGCCUGGAGAACCAGCGAGUGGACCGACUGCAACGUGGCAUGCGGAGGCGGAUUCCAGUAUCGCGGCGUGGACUGUCUCUACAAUGACGAGUCGGGACCCCGCGUGGUCGAGGACGCCUACUGCGCUCAGUACACUCAGGCACCCACUGACCAGCAGAAAUGCAACAUGCAGCGCUGCACCGACCACCCCGGAAGUGCGAUCAUUUCCUACAUCCCCUCUGAGAACGCCGUUCAGUGCCGCACCACCACCUACGGGUGCUGCUACGACCGCACCACCCCUGCUGCCGGGCCCAAUGGAGAGGGCUGCCGUGACCCACCCGCACCUUUCGAGCGCUCCAUCUGCUCACUGCCUAAGGCCGCUGGAUCCUGCUCCAGCUGGACGGCGCGCUACUUCUUUGAUGUUCUAAGCGGCAAGUGUACCGAGUUCUGGUACGGAGGCUGCCACGGCAACAGCAAUCACUUUGCAACACAGGAGGAGUGCCACAGGGUCUGCCACGAGCCUAAUGGCAAUGGAAACGGCAAUGGAAACGGAAAUGGAAACGGAAACGGAAACGGAAAUGGAAAUGGUGACGGUGACGGUAACGGUAACGGCCACGCCAAUGGAAAUGGCAAUGGUAAUGGCCGCACCAAUGGAAAUGGCAACGGCCACACCAACGGAAACGGAAAUGGUAACGGUUACACAAACGGAAACGGUAACGGCCGCUCAAAUGGAAAUGGCAACGGUAAUGGCCGCACCAACGGAAACGGUAACGGCAACGGCCACACCAACGGAAAUGGCAAUGGUAACGGUUACUCAAACGGCAAUGGAAAUGGUAACGGCCACCCCAACGGCAAUGGAAACGGUAACGGCCACCCCAACGGCAAUGGCAAUGGCAAUGGAAACGGUAACGGCCACCCCAACGGCAAUGGAAACGGUAACGGCCACCCCAACGGCAAUGGCAAUGGAAACGGUAACGGCCACCCCAACGGAAAUGGAAACGGUAACGGCCACCCCAACGGAAAUGGAAACGAUAACGGCCACCCCAAUGGCAAUGGAAACGGUAACGGCCACCCCAACGGCAAUGGCAAUGGAAACGGUAACGGCCAUCCCAACGGCAACGGCAAUGGUAAUGGUUACUCAAACGGCAAUGGAAACGGUAACGGCCGCACCAACGGCAAUGGAAACGGUAACGGACGCCCCAACGGCAAUGGAAACGGUAACGGCCGCCCCAACGGCAAUGGCAAUGGUAACGGUUACUCAAACGGCAAUGGAAACGGUAACGGCCACCCCAAUGGAAACGGUAACGGCCACCCCAACGGCAAUGGUAACGGUUACUCAAACGGCAAUGGAAACGGUAACGGCCACCCCAACGGCAAUGGCAAUGGAAACGGUAACGGCCACCCCAACGGCAAUGGCAAUGGAAACGGUAACGGCCACCCCAACGGCAAUGGCAAUGGAAACGGUAACGGCCACCCCAACGGCAAUGGCAAUGGAAACGGUAACGGCCACCCCAACGGCAACGGCAAUGGUAAUGGUUACUCAAACGGCAAUGGAAACGGUAACGGCCGCACCAACGGCAAUGGAAAUGGUAACGGCCGCACCAACGGUAAUGGUAACGGUCGCCCCAACGGUAACGGGCACACCAACGGAAAUGGCAACGGUCGCUCCAACGGAAAUGGAAACGGUAACGGCCGCAACGGUAAUGGUCACUCCAACGGUAAUGGAAACGGAAAUGGAAACGGUAAUGGAAAUGGUUACCCAAACGGUAACGGAAAUGGCCGCUCCAACGGAUAUGGACAGCGCGCCAACGGAAAUGGCAACGGCAACGGAAAUGGCGAGGACUACAACGGAAACGGCCACGACAACGGAAACGGCAAUGGCCGCUCCAAUGGUCACACCCAGAGGGUAGCAUCCAGCGUGGCCCACACUGCCCACAAGGCCCGCUUUGUCUUGAAAGCCCGCAGGCCUCACUUUAUCACCGUGAAAAAGCACCUUAUCCCCGCAGCCAGUUUGACUUUGCCAGCCCAGGUCAAGAUUGACCAGUCGGACCCGUCCGCCGUAGAGGCCCUGGCGGGCCAGACGGUGGUGCUGCCCUGCAGAGUCAGCCCACCGCCCAGUUCCACCGUGGCGCUCCAGUGGAGCAAGGACGGAGCCGCAUUGACAUCACGCAGACAUCAACAGCAGCCCAACGGUUCGCUGCUGCUCGGCCCUGUCAGCAAGUCGGACGAAGGCUGGUUCUUGUGUGUGGCCACCAAGGAGCAGGAAAGAGACCACCGCUACGUUUACCUGACUGUCUCAGAGGGAGCGUCCCGGCCGCAGCCCACCUCCUUGCCGACGGACGAGCUUUCGCCAGGGUUCACCCUGGAGCGCUCGGCCGCAUCCUUGCUGGAGAUGCGAGCGGGACAGGCGGCCCGACUGCCGUGCACCGUCGUACCCGCAACCUCACUCAGAUACGUCAGCAUACAAUGGAGCCGAGACGGACGCACACUCAGCGACUCCAGGUUUGUCCAGCAGUUAGAUGGCACACUGCUCAUUGAGUCACUUCGGACUGAGGACGCCGGUGUGUACACUUGCUCCGCCUCCACGCAGCAUCAGCUGGAGCAGAGACGCGUACAUCUCAGAGUUCAAGCUGCCUUGCGGAUCACCAAAGCUCCCGACAACAUCCAAGUACCUGAAGGCAGCACGGCACUGCUACCCUGCGUGGCGUCGGGAGUCGACGUAAGCAUCGGCUGGUCCAGGAACGGCGUCCCAGUGCGUCCGGACGGACGUAAGGUCCAGGUGUCUGCCGACGGGAGCCUGAUCCUCAACAAUGUGCAGGCAUCCGACGAGGGCACCUACACGUGCAACGCCUACGCCGGCAUCUACUCGGCCAGCGCCUCGGCUGACGUGCGCCUCCUCAAAAAUGUGCAAACAGGCGGGGUUAUGACAUCACCAUCGGGGACGCCGUGCUUGGACCAGCCUGAAUUGGCCAACUGCGAGCUGGUGGUCUACGCCCAGCUGUGCGCCAACCAGUACUACGCUGCCUUCUGUUGUGCCAGCUGUGCCCGCCAAGCACGCAGCGGUGACAGGUUAGCUCGGUGACGCUACACAGGGCGUGUCACCUUUCCAAUGUUGUCGUCGUGCCGAUGUUUUCUUGUCAUUUCAUCAUCGUGUUUUAUUUUUAAAAUGUUCACAAUAAAACCAAUACGUUCACAAUGAUGUCACAGUGUGAGUGUGCUGGUUGCAUUACCGACUUGCGCCACACGAGGGCGACUGUGCGAGUUAUUGGUGAAAAUGAGCACAUCAUCUGAGUAGGCUACAAUGACAAUGCACACUUGAAAAUAUAACGGAUGAAUUGAUUUGAAUAUGUAUUUUAAUUUAAAAAAAAGUCAACAUGU